UACUUCCAUUUUCUCCCUGGCUUGGUGAUGGUGUCGGAUCAACAUUCCAGAGCUCCUUCCGGACGGCCCUUAAGCCUAUGGAAAAAAGUGAUUAAAACGAGCCAGUCUCGGGAACACCCAUGCGGCUCGAAGAAGAGGGAACGAGUCUGAAAACCGAAACCGGCCCAGGACACACAGACGAUGUCCGCGGGGCUCGCUAGUCCUGCCGGCCGGCGGCACGCCGACUCCGCGGAUGCACCGGGCCCACCCCAGGGCCAUCUCGGCCGGGGGACCCCCGCCGGGGAAGCUGGGGCUGGGGAGGAGGUGGAGGGGUGGAGGAGGGGCGGCCUGGCCGAGGCCCCGCCCACGCCCUGCCCACGCCCCGCCCCGCCACGAUUAUAGCUGAUGACUCAGGGCGGAGCUCCACAUCCAAGCGGCGCCGCCGCCAACUUAUCUGGAUGGGACCAGAAGUUUCUAGCCGGCCAGUUGCUACCUCCCUUUAUCUCCUCCUUCCCCUUUGGCAGCGAGGAGGCUAUUUCCAGACGCUUCCAGCCCUCUCCGGCCACGUCACCCCCUCCUUUAAUUCAUAAAGGUGCCCAGCGCCGGCUUCCCGGACACGUCGGCGGCGCGCACGACUCUAGCUCCGGUCGCGGCCAGCGAGCGACUCUGCACCUGGAGGUCCGGCACCCCGCGACCCCGUGACCCGGCACCCCGCGAUCCGGCACCCCGGCGGCCGCCCCUCUGGGCCGACCCCGACCCAGCAUGAGCGCUGCCACCCACUCGCCCAUGGUGCAGAUGGCGUCCGGCAGCGGCGCCGGCGACCGCGACCCCCUGCCCCCUGGCUGGGAAAUCAAGAUCGACCCGCAGACCGGCUGGCCCUUCUUCGUGGACCACAAUAGCCGUACCACGACGUGGAACGACCCGCGUGUGCCCCCCGAGGUCCCCAAGGAGGAAGCCCGCAGAGACGAUGCCCCGGCACUCGUCCAGGCCCCUGCUCCAGGCUGGAAGGAAGGUGCCCAGUGCGUGGAGAAAAUGCCCGGACGGCCUGUUGAAACCGCAUCCUCUGCAAAUGGGCCUUCGAGGGAGGGCUCCAGGCCGCUGCCCACGAGGGAAGGCCACGUCGUGUACCCCCGGCUCCGGCCAGGCUACAUUCCCAUCCCUGUCCUCCACGACGGUGCCCAGAGCCGGCAGCCACAUCCUGUCUUCACCUACCCCCAGCCUGGGACGCAGCGCUUCCAAACCGAGGUAGCCCCGGCGGCCCCGCAGAGGCCCCAGUCACCUCUGCGGGGAGUGGCGGAAGCCACCCAGCCAGAUAAACAGUGUGGACAGGCGGUAGCGGCUGCGGCAGCCCAGCCCCCAGCCUCCCAUGGACCUGAGCGAUCCCAGUCUCCGGCUGCCUCGGACUGCUCAUCCUCGUCCUCCUCGGCCAGCCUGCCCUCCUCCUCUGGCAGGAGCAGCCUGGGCAGUCACCAGCUCCCCCGGGGCUACAUCUCCAUCCCUGUGAUACAUGAGCAGAAUGUCACCCGGCCGGCAGCCCAGCCCUCCUUCCACCAAGCCCAGAAGACCCACUACCCAGCUCAGCAGGGCGAAUACCAGACCCACCAGCCUGUGUACCACAAGAUCCAGGGAGAUGACUGGGAGCCCCGGACCGUGUGGGCAGCAUCCCCGUUCCGGUCACCCGUCCGGGGUGCGUCCAGCCGGGAGGGCUCUCCAGCCAGAAGCAGCACGCCGGUGCACACCCCGCCGUCCGUCCGCGUGCAAACCGUGGUCGACAGGCCUCAGCAACCCAUGACCCAUCGAGAACCUUCACCUAUUCCCCAACCUGAAAACAAACCAGAAAGCAAGCCAGGCCCAGCUGGACCAGAUCUCGCUCCUGGACACAUCCCGAUUCAAGUGAUCCGCAAAGAGGUGGAUUCUCAACCUGUUUCGCAGAAGCCCCUGCCUCCCUCUGAGAAAGUGGAAGUAAAGGUUCCCUCUGCUCCGGUGCCUUGUCCUCCCAGCCCGGCCCCUUCUGCCGUCCCCUCUCCCCCCAAGAACGUGGCUGCAGAAGAGAGAGCAGCCCCCAGCCCUGCCCCUGCAGAAGCCACACCCCCAAAACCAGGAGAAGCUGAGGUACCCCCAAAACAUCCAGGUGUGCUGAAAGUAGAAGCCAUCUUGGAGAAGGUGCAAGGGCUGGAGCAGGCUGUGGACAACUUUGAAGGCAAGAAGACAGACAAAAAGUACCUGAUGAUAGAAGAGUAUUUGACCAAAGAGCUACUGGCCCUGGAUUCGGUAGACCCAGAAGGACGCGCUGAUGUCCGCCAGGCCAGGAGAGAUGGUGUCAGGAAGGUUCAGACCAUCCUGGAAAAACUUGAACAGAAAGCAAUAGAUGUCCCAGGUCAAGUCCAGGUUUAUGAACUCCAGCCCAGCUCCCUUGACACCGAUCAGCCACUUCAGGAAAUCAUGGAGAUGGGUGCCGUGACAGCAGACAAGAGCAAGAAAAGUGCUGGAAAUGGAGAAGGUCCCAGUACUGAAACCCAGCAGCCAGAAGCCAAAGCAGCAGCAGCUCCAAACCCCAGCAGCACGACAGACACAGCUGCAAACCCAGCAGCACCAUAGUCUCCACGAAAUAAAAAAUCAGCCCCGGAGACCGGGAACUGAUUGUGUGCUUUAGAGAAUUUUAAGUUGCAUGCAUUUCAGGGCCUUAAAACCAGUUGGUUUUUACUCUUCAUAGCUGCUUGGUAGGCAGUAACUUGGGUGGAGGCGAAACACACUAAUAAAAGGCCUAAAAGGAGAGUGAUGCUUUUCCUGUGUAUUCAUAUUCUGUACAAAUAAAGAAGUUGCUUGUUACAGAAGUUUAACCCCAUAGCUUGCUGUUUUGGAGCCCUCUCUGUAUGGGUCCCACAUGUUAGUCAUGGAUGUGAACUGUCUUUCUACAGCUCUGGACUGAAGGAGUUUUUGUGGGGGUAGAUGGGGAGUCGAUUUCUCAUCAGUAAAUAUGAAACCCAUUUUUCAGAAGUGUUGCCAUUUUAGUGGGAUGAUUUUUGUCAUCUCAUAGCUAAAAUACUUAACUUUAGAUAGAAUAAAAUGUGUAAGGAGCCGUAGGAAUAUCUGUAUGUUGGAUGACUUUAAUGCUACAUUUAAAAAAAGGAAAAUAAAGUAAUAAUGUAACUCAAAA